UUCCUCCCGACCCUCGAUCGCGUCCCUUCGCCAUAUUGUCCGUAACCUCGUUGUUGCUGUCCUUCACCCUUACUUUCAACCUGUCCCAACAACUUUGAUCUUCAACCUUCUAGACCAUGGCCGUACACUCUCUUGUCGGAUGGAAACGCUAUGCGUCAAUGGUGCUAGCACCUCUUUUGUUUAGUUCAACUCCGUUACCAUUUUAUGUAUGCGUAUUGCAUAUUGCAGGGCGACUCCAGUCGGGACUGCAAAAAGCUGCCUAUUCUGUCGGUAUGUGUUCCAGGGAACAGACGAAUAAAAUGUUUUUGGCGGUAGCGCGACUAGUAUGCACUCAGCAGAGCCUUUCCUGUGGCGGGAUCCAUUUAUUCGUGCGCGAUGGUUCCGUGUGGGCAGGUCAAGGUACCUUUCAGCCCAGAUUCAUUGAUCCAGGCUCCCAACUGGACGACUCAACUGUUGGUGGGAGUAUGCUCAAACCACUGCAGCUUCAGCAGGCCCGGGCGAUUGAACGUCUGGAAGUAUUCGUUUCACUUCUACCCAGCCUAUUCACAUAUCGGAUCUCUGGGCAAGGAAAAAACCAGCGACUAGGUCUUCGAUCCUCCGUCCAUGACUGAGCGCUCUCACAUAUCAUUGGAAUGCGUUCUUCUUUCACGAGU